UUGGCCAGUCUGCUGUGAGAGUUUUUCAAUAAACAAGUCAAAAAGUUUUCCACGGGAAAACAAAAAAAAUUUCGAAUUAUUUUCAUUAUUCGAUUCGUAAAUUGUAAACGCAGUGACGUUUCAAUUAUAGUUAUAAAACAAGUUUAAAGUAUAAAAUUAGUCUAUACUAAAUAAACAUAGGACACAAUGUUGGUUAACGAAGCCCGUUUGAUGUUGAGCCGUACUGGUGCUCUGGCCGCACGUCAGCAGUUGCGUGCUCUAACCUCUGGCAGUAAACAAAACCAGCAGGCUCAGGCCCAAGAAACCCCUGAACCACAAAUCAAAACUUUCCAAAUCUAUCGUUGGAAUCCCGAUAAUGCUGGCGAAAAACCAUAUAUGCAAACCUAUGAGGUUAACUUGCGCGAAUGUGGACCCAUGGUUUUGGAUGCUUUGAUUAAGAUCAAAAACGAAAUGGACCCCACUUUGACUUUCCGUCGUUCAUGCCGUGAAGGCAUUUGCGGCUCCUGUGCCAUGAAUAUUGCUGGUACCAAUACAUUGGCUUGCAUUAGCAAAAUCGAUACCAACACCUCGAAAUCAUUGAAGGUUUAUCCUUUGCCCCAUAUGUAUGUGGUGCGUGAUUUGGUGCCCGAUAUGAAUAACUUCUACGAACAAUACAGAUCUAUUCAACCCUGGUUGCAACGCAAGAACGAAGCCGUUGAGCAAAAGGGCAAAGCUCAGUAUUUACAAUCUGUUGAGGAUCGUUCCAAAUUGGACGGUUUGUAUGAAUGUAUUUUGUGUGCUUGCUGCUCUACCUCAUGCCCCUCAUACUGGUGGAAUGCCGAAAAGUACUUGGGCCCUGCUGUACUCAUGCAGGCUUACCGUUGGAUCAUCGAUUCUCGUGAUGAGAAUACCUCGGAACGUUUGGGCAAACUUAAGGAUCCCUUCAGUGUUUACAGAUGUCACACCAUCAUGAACUGCACUCGCACCUGCCCCAAGGGCUUGAAUCCCGGUCGUGCUAUUGCCGAAAUUAAGAAACUUUUGUCUGGUAUGGCUUCGAAGCCUGAACCCAAAUUGGACACUGCAGCUUUGCACAAGUAGAUGACUGUUGGAGGAGAUUUUCUUUUGCAAAAUUAUGUCAUCGCUUAAACGAUGUGUUUCCAGUUUUUCCUUUCAAUUCUCUUUGUACUUAUAAAGUUUCCACAAAAAGAACAAUGUUAUUGUUUGUCAAGAAGCAUUCUGAUUUCCUUUACUUUUCUUUUAAAUUGCUGUAGUUUGCGAUUUAAUUUCACAACAGCUGGUGUGUUCUUGCUUUCAAACCCUUUCUUAUGAUUUAAGUUUUGCAGCUUUACUUUUUUUAUUUCCUCUUUUUUGUUUGUGUUUUUCUUUUAUAUCUUAAUUCCGCUUUUUUAUUUAUUUGUUAGACAUUUUUACCAUUUUGACUAUAUAUUUUUCUUAAUUUAUUUCCGAAGUUAAUUUUAGUAAGAGAGAAGUUUGUAGUAAAAUAGUAAAUAGUUAUAUAUCGUAUCGUAUAAAAAAAUAAACUACAGUUUAUAAAAUUUAAUUAAA